GUUAGGAAGAGAGAGAGAGAGAGACCGAGUCGGAUGAAUUUCGUCGUCGCCGACUUAUUUGUCAGUUAGGGGAUGGUCGGCCCUCAGGUUUAAAGGGUUUGACUCCACAGGUGAAGGGCUCAGUGGCGCUCGAGACAAAGAAGAGGGAGGUCAUGGGAAAGUCUUACUCAGUUCCAGCGUACAUAGUGAAGACAUUCAGUGUAGAUGGAUUUCUUCAGGAUGACAACAGAGUGCACGGAUCUCCGGGCUCCGAAGAAAACAAGGGUCAGAAUGUGAUGGCGUUCUUCCAGAACCGUUCCCUCAGCCUGGUCGACAUGUACAUCGAUACUUCAGAACCCACCGAAAAUGUCGGACAAAUUCAGUUCUCCCUGGAGUACAACUUUAACGAGAUGACGCUCAUACUCAGGAUUAUGCAGGCAAAGGAACUUCCGGCUAAGGAUUUAAGCGGAACCAGUGACCCAUACGUCCGCGUGACACUGUUACCAGAUAAAAAACACAAAUUGGAAACAAAGAUCAAACGGCGGACGCUCCAUCCGAAAUGGCACGAAACGUUCUACUUCGAAGGUUUUCCCAUUCAGAAACUCCAAAGCCGCGUUUUACACCUUCACGUGUUUGACUACGAUCGCUUUUCGCGAGACGAUUCAAUAGGGGAAGUCCACAUACCUCUAUGUCAGGUCGACUUUUCCGAGAAGAACAACACAUUCUGGAAAGCUCUCCGGCCCUUGGAGAAGAACAAAUGUGGAGAGAUCUUGGCGUCGCUCAUGUACCAGCCCUCGACAUCCGAACUCACGCUCACUGUCAUCAAAUGCAGGAACCUUAAGGCCAAGGAUAUCAAUGGCAAAUCAGAUCCGUACGUGAAAGUAUGGCUUUACUUCGGCGAGAAGCGAAUAGAGAAGAAGAAGUCAGAGGUUCAGUUUUGCACACUAAACCCAGAGUUCCACUUCAGUGUCAUGUUCGACGUCCCCUGGGAGAGAAUCAGAGAGUGCCAGCUGAACGUCACUAUCAUGGAUCACGACAAAGUCGGCAGAAACGAAGCUAUAGGCAAGAUCAUGCUCGGCAAGGCAGGCAGUGGGACGUCGGAGACGAAACACUGGAGCGACAUGAUCACCAAACCCCGACAAACAGUGGUUCAGUGGCACCGUCUCAAGCCAGAAUGAACUUUGGAGGAAAGAGUCCGAUCCCUCUGCAUCUGGGAGGUGCCCUACUGAAUGAAACCUCUUCUGACCUUCUUUUGACAGAGGAGAAGAAAAGAAAAAUGUUGAAGAAAAAUAGAUGAAAAAUAUAUAGAAAAUAUAAAAGGGAAAGGUCGUUAGAGGUUUCAUUAGAUGUAUAAGAAAAUUUAGGAGGGCUUGGGCUUUUGAAAGAAAAAUUACUAAAAAAACAACAACAACAAAAUUCCCCCGUGAUUAUCUUUUUUUUUAUUUGACUUUCUUUAGUUCUGAUUUUCUAUAUGGAAAACGCGAUGAUUUAAAACGUUAUUGGCUUAUAUGUACACUAGUGUGUGUAUAUAUAAUUAUAUAUAUAUAU